UGGGCGGGUAGAAAAUUGUGUGCGUUUGGCGGGUUUCGCUGCUUUCCUAAAUAUUUCCUCAUUCUGCAACCGAGCGAGGCAAACACGUGAGGACAUAGUGACGCCGCCACAGCCGAAACAUACUUAUCCAAGCUCCCCUAGGACCAUGUCGGUGGAUUUUAAAAUGUAUGUAGAUCAGGCAUGUAGAGCUGCUGAGGAAUUUGUUAAUAUUUACUAUGAGACAAUGGACAAAAGAAGAAGGGCACUUACCAGGCUGUAUUUGGACAAGGCCACUUUAAUAUGGAAUGGAAAUGUUGUUACAGGGCUAGAUGCCCUAAGUAAUUUUUUCGAGAUGUUGCCUUCUAGUGAGUUCCAGGUCAAUAUGUUAGAUUGCCAACCAGUCCAUGAGCAAGCUACCCAGUCCCAGACUACAGUUCUUGUUGUGACCAGUGGAACUGUGAAGUUUGAUGGAAACAAACAACAUUACUUCAACCAGAACUUUCUGCUGACUGCUCAGUCCACUCCUAAUAGCACCGUGUGGAAGAUUGCUAGUGAUUGCUUCCGUUUUCAAGAUUGGGCUAGUAGUUAAAGGGGUAAAAGUCUAUUCUUUAUUCUGCUAUUUCAUGAAGCAGAGGUCUGUGUGAAUUGAUUCAUUUAAUUAGAAAAACACUGUAAACUGGUUUGUGCUGAAACUAAGUUUCUUUGGUAUUUUUUUAUUCCUAGCAGCACCUUUUCUAGCAGCUGCCAGUUUGGUUUGUUGCCCUUCAGAGCUUUAAUGCUAGUUUUUUACAUGCCUUAUAUACAUUCCACUAAUGACAUUCUUAAAGUAAUGUUAAACACAUGAUCUUGGUACUAACAUACUCACUGUGAACCCAGCCUAUCGCAAAAAUGGAAUCCUUUUGUAAUACUAUCUGUGGAGUAUCAACACAAUAUAACUCUCUGGGAAUAAGUGGGAUUUUUUUUUUCGGUUAAUAGGUUGAAUUUUUACUAAACCACAUGCCUAUUUUCAGUUAACACUGGUAAUGCAUUGCAAUAUAUAGUAAGUUUAUCAGUUCAUAACUACUAUGACAUAUUAGAAUUGCAUGUGGAAUAUUUAAUAGACUUUUUCGUGUUAAAUUUUCUUAUUUUGAGUUUUUAUUUUAUAAGUGAAUUAAUAACUAAAUAGGUAAAAAUAUUUUAAAUUGACACUUGAUUGUUGGGUGCAUUUGGUGGAUUAAGACUUCUUAAAAACAUAUAUCUUGGCAGCUCCAGGUCUAGAAAUUUUAGUAAUGAGUGCUAGAAGAACUAAUAGCUUUAAUGGGAGAAUGGGGAGUGAGAAAUGUAGAAAUAUCCAAGGUUGAAGCCAAAAGUGAGGGGGGGGUGUGACUAAAUGGUAAAAGUUUUGUACUCGUUUACUACCUCCUAAAAAUGUAACCUAUUUUUAGGAUUUAAAUCACUAAGUUAUUAUGUAUCCUUGCCAAAUGUCAUGAGUGUCACAUUUGUUCUAAGAAUGAUUUUUUAAGGUCUUUAUAUUUCACCUUAUACUUGUCACCAUCAUGUAUCUGUUUAUUCAAAAACUUAUGGGGGUAGAAUGUCAGCAAUAAGCCUAAUCUUGUAACAGGGUCUAGAAGGAAAGUUGGAAACAAAGCCAUUGCUAUCUCUUUGUGACACCCUUAACUAAGUCUUCCAGUGAAUUUUAGGCCCAAAGAUUCCUAUGUAUUACUCACCCCCAUGUUUUGUGCUGUUAACUGUAUUAUCUAUUAUUUAAAGUUAAAAUUAUUUGGUUUGUGAUUCGUUCUUCCAUAUGACAUUGGGCACAUUUAUUUUAAAACAUGUUCCUGUUAACAUGACUAUCUCAUUGCCUUUUUUGAGAGAAAAAUAGAGAACAACAGAUCUUCAUGAUAAACUUCAAAAGAACAAAUAGAUUAAUUUUAUGUCUUGACUACUGAAAAGGAAAAGAAUAACCUAGCUCUGGUUCUUGCUUAUUGUUUUAAAAUAUUUGCAAUUUAUAAUGUUUUAAAACUAGAUAUGCCAGCUUUGUUUCUACAUUGCAACCAAGAUUAAUGUUUCUUAUUACUUAAUCUUAAAAUCAGCAAUUCAUUUACUCGCCCAAAGCUAUACACUGUAUUUCUGAUAUACUAUCAAAAUAGAAUUAAACGAGAGAAGUGGGUGGAACUGACAUUUAAACCACACCUUCUUUUAGUACUGAUCAAAAAUUGCACAUUAUUUCCUACUCAAAGGGAGCUUAUUCUUAUUUUGAAUUGAUUUUUUUUAAAACCGCAGCUCUAGCAGCAACAAAAUGCCCAAAUACUGCCCUUACUCUUGUGAAUAAGUCGCAAAUAAAAGCUGCAUAUAACUAGCAAUAACUGAAUUGACUGGUUGUGAAUUGCUUUCUCCAAAAUCUGUAUAACUUUUAAAUGGCUGGAACUGCUCUUAUAUGGACUAGACUAUUUUUGACAUGCUCAUAUUUUUAUAGCUUGAAAAAUAAAAUUUGCCUUGUGAAAAGUUU